CCAUCAUGAUUUAAACCCAUUUUUAUUUUAUUCUUCAACACGAUGAAGCUCCCAUUUAUCUUCAAGAACAACAAGGUUGGAAGAAGUAAUCAUCAUCAACCAUGGCAAUGGCCUUUGUGUAGACACACAAACACUCUCUCAUUCCGUGCCGGUCAAGAAAUCUUCAAAACCGUCAAUUCAGUCUUCUACGACGAAAACGAACCACGGUUCGCCAUUCCCGAAUCGUGGUUCACGAGCUCGUCAGAAUUAUCAUUACUAAGUCACACGACAGACGAUGAUAAUUCCGACGAGCUCCCUCUCGACCCUUCAACCAUUCGUGGUUUGAUCAAGUCCGAGAGGCUUUUCUUCGAGCCGGGCAACACAAGGUCACUCAUGAAGGAACCGAAGACCAACGAAAGCAUAAAUGGAGUGGCGCUGGCUAUGGAGUCGGCCGAUCCUUAUGGGGAUUUUCGACGAUCUAUGGAGGAGAUGGUGGAGAGUCAUGGGCUGAGUGAUUGGGAAUUCUUGGGAGAAUUGUUGUGUUGGUAUUUGAAAAUGAAUGGGAAGAUUAAUCAUGGGUUUAUAAUUGGAGCAUUUGUUGAUCUUCUCAUUGGGAUUGCGGUUAUUCCAAAAUCAUCAUCCGAUUCAAGUACUUCUUAUGUAUCUGCAGCCUCUUCGUUUAACGAUGAAACAUAGUCAUGAAGGUUUAAACUCAUGACUUUGUGUUUAACUAAUCUAAUCUUAUGAUGAAUGAUUAACAAAAUGUAUAUUAGAUUUGGGAUAAUAUAGAUAAUGUAGUUGGUUGGUCAACUUUGUUGUGUUUGA